AGAUGUGUAUUUAUUAAUGAUGAUUUGGUAUACAGUCACUCAAAAUAAAUGCGCUAUAGGUGUGUGGAUGGUAUAUCAUGGAACGUAUCGACAGUCAAUUCUUGAAAAUGAAAUACAUUAUAUAUACAUAUGUGUUUUUGUUUUUCACCAUCAACCUUAAUUGUAUAUUUAUUGUCCUUUUGCAUUCGUCGAAUGACAAUACUGAUUCACUAGGCGGGCCAGAUAACUUAUUUAAUAGGAAUUUUUUAAAAAAAAGUUAAAACAAAUACCUCAUAAAAAUAGACUGAUAAUGCCACGAACUUUGAACUAUGUGUAUGAUUAAUGUGGGAUUGCAACAUUUAGAGUGUGUUCUUUUGCUAGAUUUUACUAUUUAUCAAUUUAUUUUUUUAAGAACAUCAAAUUAAAUAUUUAUUUUUUAUUUUUUAUAUUAUAUUAACAAUAAAUUUUAUAUUCAGAAUAUUACAUGAAUAAUUAUUUAUAUCGCAUCAUACAAUUAUUUCAAUUCAAAAUUUUUACUAUUCAAAUCCAACUUAAAAUCCAGAUCGCCAAACAAACACACCCUUAGUAUGUCUUCGAGUUAUACUAUAAUAACAAGAAUACAAAAAUAGUUUUGCAGCGGCUAUCCGCUAUUGUGCUGAAUAAUAACAUUUGAUUUCAUAAAAAACUGUAUUUAUACAUCACAUUUAUAAAAUAUGAAUUGUCAGUUCAUACGCUAUUAGUAAUCCAAAUUUUAUGUGGCCCUAACCAUUUCCAUCGAAGUUUCUAUCUAUAUAUAUAUACACACUAGUAGAUGAUUACACAAUAAUUAACACAAAGAGGUGAAUUUAUGAGCAUUUACUUAUGUGGGGAUUAGCCUCUAUUUUGAUAGUCUUGAGUCUUCUAGCACAACACGACAUGAGCCUAGAAAUGGGCUUAUUUGGAUAAAGCCCACUCCAGAGACAGAACCUAACAGACCAAUGGAUUUUGGGCCCAAAUAAUUCAUUAUGGGUUACUCUUAAGUCUUAACCAUUAUCGAAGACUUUAAAAUUACUUACUGUACUUGUUAAGACCUGCAAGUAGUUGCUGAAUAUAUUAAUAUUAAUUUAACAAUGUUAUUGAGUAAAUGGUGUCUGAUUCAGACAUGAAUAUUUUAGUAUCACUUUUGUAAUAACGUAAUUAGUCCAAACUUAAUUGAGAUAUAUAUAUGGAUAGGAUUAAUUAGUGGACUCCUAAUUGCUAUCAACUCACCAAUUGAUAUUUUAUUUUCUUAAAGCUACCUCUUAAUUAUAUAUAUAUAUAACCUCGUCUUAGUUUUCUUUUCCUUCUCCUAUCAAAUCCAUAGGUAUGAAUCAAGUGUUCAGUAAGCCAGCAUGAUGCUGAUUCAGUCAAGUCAAUGUAGUGCUAAUUGGACUAUAUAUAUAUAUAUAUAUUUUAUAGGGGUGACUAAUAUAUACAUUUAUAAAUAUAUAUCCAUAUUUAUAAUACAAUAUAUAUAUUAAUAUAUGUUAUUUUAUUGCAUAUCAUAUGUAUAAACAUAUGCUAGUCACGUAUAUGACAUAUGUUGAUCCGGACAAAUCAACACCAUGGUGACUUGGCUGGGCUAGUACAGAUUUGCAACCCAAGUCCAUGCACACACAAUUUUAUAUAUAUAUAUAUAUAUAUAUGUAUAUGUAUUCUUAAUGUGUCCUUAAAUUGUAAUAAGACAAGAAAACUUAGCUAAGAAGAAAGUGUGUGUCUGCAUGUGUAUAGUGCAAUGCUACAAUACUUUGUAAAAAAGUUGCCAAUUCUUCAGUUUGCUUACGUCCACACACACACCCGCAUGUGUGUGUGUGUUCGAUGUUCACAUAAAAGAUACACAUUGAUCAGUGUUAUAGUUUUAUUUGAUCUCAUAUUUUAUUAUUUUAAAAUGUUAUUAUUUUAUUUGUAUGAUAACUACAAGAUAGUAUGUUAGAAGAUUAUAUAUAUAUAUGUGUGUGUAGAACAAUCAAUAUUAGAAUGUAGAUUGAAUUAUUUAUUUAUUUAUUUUUAUAGUGUAAUUGAAAAGCAGACAUUUAAAGUACUGUAUGAAGUCGAUCAGGUCAGUCAACCAAAAGAUAUAUUGUGAGUGGAAGAUGAUUGUAUAAUUAAUUUAAUUUUUAUUGAGAAAGAGAAAUAUAUUGUCGUAAUAAAAGAUGAAAAAGCGAAGAAGAAGAAGAAGAAGAUAACGAAAAAUUAAAAGUAAAAGUAAAUGUAAUGGGAAAAGAUAGAGAUAUUGACAUACAGAUAGAUAAUUAAUUAAAUAAAUUAAAUAGAUAAAUAGACAGAAUUAUUAUUAUCCUAAGGCUACUUUACACAACAGAUAACAACAUGUAUUAUCUCAUCUCAUCUCUUAUAUAUCCCACCUUUCUUAAUUUCACACACAUUCAUAUCAUUAAAAAUUAAUAUAAAUACGGGAGAUAUUACCUUCGACCGAGAGUUUAUAUAUCUAGUGCGCUACUUUUGGAUAACGGAUACAGUUCUCACGUCAUAAAAUAUAUAUAUAUAUAUAUAUAGUAGUGGUGUGUAUUUUAUGUAAUAUUAUUAAUUUAAAUAAAUGUAAAUUUGAAAUGAUUAUACUAUUAUUUAAUAAAUAAAUAAAUGAUGAAUAUUUAUUUAUUUAUUUGGGGGAACUAAUUAAAGCAUCAUACCGAAAGAAAAGAAUAUUUAUAUCAAACGACAAACAUUCCAAAGGUGAUUAGCACAACACCACUAUACACGCACAUCAUUAUACGUGCAUACAUAUAGAUAUUUUUAUUUAAUUGAAUUUGAAUAUAUAUAUAUAUAUAUACAUUUGCAUGGAUAUAUGCAUGCAAGCGGAGUAAGCAGAGGCAACUUUUGCGUCAUUCUAACCCACCAUUAAUUAAUAAUUUAACAUAUAAAGAAUACCAGAUUUGUUGUCCAUCGAGCACUUUUUAUUUUGUUAAACAUCAAAUUAAAAUAGUAUUUAAAUUAAUAUUUAAUUUGAAAUCAAUUUCAAAUUAUAACAAAAACAUAUUUAUAUAUCCCCUUAUCCAACAUAUAUAUAUAUAUAUAGAUGUAUAUAAUAUAUACGAUGACUAUUAGAAUGUUGAUUUGACCAAAUCAACAAAUUAAUAUGAAAUAAUUAUCAAAUUAUCACACAAACAGAUACUAUAUUAUUAAAUUAGUACAUUACCUUAAAACAAUUAGUAAACUUUGAAAUAAUAAAUGUUUUGGCAUUAUUAUAUUUUUAAUAAACAUCUUAAUUAUUUGCAAAAUUCUCUAAACAUGGAUCUAGUCUAAACUAUACUAACAUAUGCUGAUAUAUACUACUCCCUCCAUCCACAAACUAAUGUCCUACUUUUCUAUUUGGAACGUCAAAAAAUAAUUGUCCUCUUUCUAGUUUUAUAAUUAAAAUUUACUUUUUUAUUCUUACUUUAUAUAUCUUUUUUAUAUCUAUACACAAAAUAAAGAACUAUUUUGUCAAUUUACAAUAAAAAAAACUAAUUAUCUAAAAAAGACGUAUAAAUAUCACUUAGGAUAUUAGAAAAUUGACGGAGGAUUGACGGAAGGAGUAUAUUAUAAUAUCCCUAUCAAAGAAUCACUCAAAUUCCAUUCCUUCUUUCAUCAUACAAUUACAAUAUUGGAAAAUAUAUAAUUCACUUUUCAUUUCUAGAAUUAUUAUUAUUAUUUUUUUCACUUUAUUCUCUCUCUAUAUAUAUGUAGCAAUCGAAGCUCAAGAAACCCCCUUCACUCUCACUACAUUCAACAGCCAAGUUUAUAUAUCCAUGUCCAACUAAGUUUAUUUUUCCCCAAAUUUAAAACCCUAAUUUUGCCCCAGCUAAUUAUAAUUUUUUACUCCCCCAAAUGCCCCCUCUUUCUUCUUCUUGUUAUGUGUUUCACUUAAUAAUAAUAAUCAUUCUCACAUUUUUUCUCAUCACCAAAGUUAGUUUGGGAAUUACAAUUACGAUAGCAAACCAAUGCGACUACUCCGUCUGGCCGGGAAUUCUCCCCAACGCCGGAAGCUCCGGUCUGGGCACCACAGGUUUCCACCUCCCGGCCCAUGAUACCCGGUCCUUCCAAGCCGAACCGGGAUGGUCCGGCCGGUUCUGGGGACGAACCGCCUGCUCCUUCGAUUCCGGCUCCGGCCGGUGCGCCACCGGCGAUUGCGGCACCAACCAGAUUGAAUGCAAUGGCGCCGGCGCGGCUCCGCCAGCCACCCUAGCCGAGUUCACAAUCGGAUCCGGCGCGCCGGAUUUUUACGACGUCAGCCUAGUGGACGGCUACAAUUUGCCGAUGGUGAUUGAGCCCGGCGGCGGCGGCUCCGGCGCCUGCGGCUUGACCGGGUGCGUGGCGGAUCUGAACCGGAUGUGCCCGAACGAGCUGCGGGCAGGGGACGGGCAGGGGUGCAAGAGCGCGUGCGGGGCGUUCGGCCUGCCGGAGUAUUGCUGCCGGGAAGAGUACGGAUCGCCGGCGACUUGCCGGCCGUCGGCGUAUUCGGAGAUGUUCAAGAAUGCUUGCCCUCGUUCUUACAGCUACGCAUUUGACGACGCCACCAGUACAUUUACCUGUACUGGAUCCGAUUAUACUCUCAUCUUCUGCCCUUCCCUUACAAGUCAGAAAUCUUCAAAAGACUUUCCGGGGACGGCCGGAAUUCAGCCGCCGGCGGCGGUGGACGACUCUGAUUCAGGGCCGGAAGAUGACAUCACGUCGUGGCUGUCAAAUUUGGUGUCGGGAGGCCCAUCGAGAUCAAGAUUAGGAGAAUUGCCAUUGGUAUUUAAAUAUUUCACUUUUAAUAUUUGUACAGGAAUAAUAGUUUUCACAUUACUGUUUCUUCAAUUAUAGAACGAAUGAAGGAUUGAUUGAAUUAGGAUUUGUAAGCCACACAACAGAUUUGUGAUUUAUUACAUUGCUACAUUUAUGUGGAAUCUUGUGUUUAUUGAAUAUUAUUGAUUUUGUUUAGAUGUAAAAAUAUCAAGAUUCGAGUUUUA